GGCGGCUGGAGUGCUCUGGCGGGGGGGACUCCAGCCAAUUUGUUUGCGAGUCGCUUUGUUGCUGCUGGGGGAUUUUUUUUAGUAUUAUUAUUAUUUUGAAGGGGGGGGUGAGAAGAGGGGGCUGGCACAGGCUAUAAAGGCAGAGCUCCCCGGAGCAGCCGGCACUUCGCUGACACCAUGAGCGCUCCCCUGGCCUGACAGCCCCUGCCUGCCUGGGGUUUGCCGGCUCAUGCCACCUUAAAGCGUGGCUGUGUGCCUGCAGCAGCGCCGGGGUGGGAUGGUGUGAGCCCAGAGCCGCUCUCCUCCCUCCCACCGCCCCUUGGCUGGCUGGCUCUGGCAGGAGACGAACCCACCAGCCGCUUGGAUGAUUUGAUUUCUUCCCUGCCCAAAAUUACUCCUGCCCAGAUGCUGUGGAUAAUAUUCAUGUUGCUGUUAUUCAUCAGCUCCGUGGAAAUGCUCACGCAGAACCGAUGGAAGAAGCAAGCGAGUGCUGGCCUGCUGGAGAACUGCACGGGCUGUGUCCUGUGCUCGGAGGACAACGGCUGCAUCACCUGCCACCAGCGGCUCUUCCUGCUCAUCUGGAGGGAUGGCAUCCGCCAGUAUGGGAUGUGUGUCCACACCUGCCCCCCUGGCUACUUUGGUGUGCGGGGUCUGGAGGUCAACCGAUGCACAAAAUGCAGAUCACCCAGCUGCGAGAGCUGCUUCAGCAGAGACUUCUGCAUGAAGUGCAAAGACAAGUUUUACUUGCACAAAGGCCAGUGCUUUCGGCAGUGCCCGCCCAGCACCGCAGCACAACCUGACACCCGCGAGUGCCAAGAGACAUGUGAGCUGGGGCCCUGGAGCCAGUGGAGCACCUGCACCCAUGAGGGCCGGACCUGCGGCUGCAAGUGGGGUGUGGAGACACGGGUCCGGGAGGUGCUGGGGGCUGCCCGGGAGGAGGGGGCUGCCUGCCCCGAGCUGCUGGAGACAAGGAAGUGCCGCAUGAGGAAGCACUGCCCAGGAGGUGAGCACCGCUCUGCCUGCCAUCCCCUGGCCUUGGGGGUGGCUUCCUGCCCCUCCAAAGUGAGCCCCAAGGCAUGCUGUGGGACUGGGGUGGUGGCAGCAGUCCAGCAGUGGCUGGCGAGCCUGGCUGUCAUCUCCCAAGCAUUUUGAGGCUGGUGGCUGUAA